AUGUAUAGAGGUGAUCCUAUAGAAAUGGCCAUGGUAACACGGUAUAACGACAAAGGACAACUCAUACAGACAGUACAAAACAGACUGUUUAGGAGACCUAGAUAUAUCACAGAGAACCGUAAUGGGGAUGUUAUUGUGUCUGAUGUUGACCGUUUAGUGGUGACAGAGCGUGGAGGUGGACAUCGGUUCACCUACACAGGACCUCCAUCAGGAUCAGGACUUGCACUUCAAGGAAUCUGUACAGACGUGAUGUCACAUAUUCUGGUGAGUGCUAAUAACACCAACACAGUGCAGAUGAUUGACAAAGAUGGCCACUUUCUGUCACUGAUAUUGACACCACAACAACUGAUAAGCAGACCAGUGUCCUUUUUUAUGAUGACAAAACUCACCUACUCUGGGUAG